UUACAUUAAGAUAUUUCGCAAAAAAAAACAGUGCCGUAACGUAAGUAAGCCUUGAGGUUAGGUAUUACUCAAAAUAAUAGACUCAAAAGUAGAAAAAUCUUAAAAUCAAACGUAACAAUGAAAAUAUUUUACCGAUUCGCUGUCAUAUUUUUAAUACUAUGCAAUCACCAAUGGGACCCGGUGACAUGUUUAACCUUAUCUCCGAAACAACAAUGUAUUCUCAACGACGUGUCCUGGAAACUUAAAGUGAGAUUUCUCAAAAAAUUGGCCCACAAAAAGAGCCACCGCGACGUCAGUAUACAGGCUUUAGUGAUGCCGGACAAAAGACAUUUAAAUUUCGCAAGAAGAAAUGACCACGACGAAUCAUUGAUGUGGAGAAGGAAAAAUUUACAACUAGUUCAGGAAUUGAAGAGGAACGUAGCCAUCGAUUUUCUUACGAAAGACAACCCUCAAGCUGAACUAAAAAGAGACGGCAGCUACGCAUCAUCUCUGUCUAUUGAAGAAAACUCUGACACCAAUAACGAUUUGAAUUUAGAAAAGGCCGGUGUACCUAUACAUGAUGGAUUACAGACAGAUUUCAAUGACGUUAAAAGAAGACAUCUUUAUAGGCGUCAGGGUGUACAUUUGCAACCUACUGCAGCCAAUCAAGACAUGGAGACCGAAAAGGACAUGAAACUGAAGCUGUUCCGGCUUAUGUAUGACACGGUGAAAGAUAAUGACAAUUUAGUUCGUAAAGCCGAUGCCAUUAAGAAGGAAUAUGAGCAUUCAAACUUUUUUGAAAUUGGUUUUGUAAUGGGCGCCAUUACUGAUAAAGUGAACACUAUGUCUGACGUCGCGUUGACAGUGGAGAGGUUGUACGAUGACUGGAAACCUAUCGAGCAUGUAAACGCCUACGAGCAGAUUGCUAACCAGGCUAUUGAAAUUAAUCAUCUAAUUGAUAUCCUGCAGUCAGCGUAUAAAAAGACUAAAGCUGCUCCUACGGCAGCGAAAUCCAGGAAGCACAUGUAAUUAUCAAAUAAAUAAAUAUACUCUUUUUAAAUAAUCAA